AUGUCGACAACAAUCACAAUCAUAUUGUCGCCUUACCAUGUUGGCAUCAAGAACCACAGAGUCGGCGAUGGUCCAAAUCGAAUCCUAGAGCAGGGCCUUGUUCGAGAGUUGGAAAGUCUUAAUGUCAAAGUACAAAUAAAGGAGAUUGAAUCAGUUGAAAGUUUUGAGGGGGAGAUAGGGCGCAGUUUCGAAAUCCUGCGGAGAAUAUCGACAGCGGUCACGACUGCACGCAACUCAAAUUCGUUUCCUCUUAUUUUGUCGGGGAAUUGUAUGGCUACCGCCGGUGUGGCAGCUGGUAUUGGACUUCGGGAUCCUGGAUUUAUCUACUUUGAUGCACAUGAUGAUCUCGAAACACCCUCGACAAAUACCAAUGGAUAUUUGGAUGCAAUGGGCAUGUCUAUGGCGUCUGGACUGUCCUGGCAUGCUUUGGCAAAGACGAUUCCCGGUCAUGUACCAAUUAGUUGGGUUAAGUAUCUCUAUAUUGGACUUCGAGACGUGGCAGAUGGGCAGCGAAAGUUUGUGCAAGAGUCGGAAAUUGAUGUUGUAUGGGGUGACAGUGACCAGAAAGUUGACUAUCUCAAGGAAUUGAAGAUGAAGCUUGCAAAGAAAGUGUAUAGUCCGGCUAUUGUACACCUCGACCUCGAUGUGCUUGACGAAUCGCUUGGAAAGGUCAACGGCUACGAAUCACCAGGUGGACUUCUCGAGCAUGAGCUUGUAGAUUGUCUUGGCCUGGUACCAAUGGAAGCGGCUCCUGUAUCUCUCACAGUAUGCUCCUUUGAUCCAAAUCUCGGUGAUGGGGACAAAAUUGCCAAAAUUGGAAUACGUGCGAUUGUGGCCUUUGUUACGUCUUUGAUUAAAAGUGGUACUUUGCGAGCUUCCUGA